CCUAUAGGGCUCUGGGGGGCGGAGUCUCCCCUCUCUCCGGCUCCCUAGCUAAGUGUGGGGUUUCUGAGGGAGGAAAAAUGGCGGCUUUGGCGAUAUCGCCCCGGGCAUGGGCACUAACAGUUCUGGGCCUGAGAACGAUGAACUCCCGGCUGAGGGGCAGGCUCCUUCACGUCACCCCACGUCCGCUGCUGAUGCCACUCGGGGCACUCCCGCAGGGGGGCAACUCUGCGCGCUGGGAAUCGUCCACCACCCCCUCUUCCUCUUCUUCCUCAUCUACUCCCUCUCAGACGCCGGGCUCCGAGUCAAGCGAAGGUCAGAUCCGCCUCACUGACAGCUGCGUUAAGAGACUUCUGGAAAUCACAGAAGGGGCAGAGUUCCUCCGGCUGCAGGUGGAGGGAGGUGGAUGCUCCGGAUUCCAAUAUAAAUUCUCUCUGGACACAGUUAUCAAUCCUGAUGACAGGGUGUUUGAACAGGGCGGGGCUCGUGUGGUGGUUGACACUGAUAGCUUGGUCUUCGUGAAAGGGGCCCUGGUGGACUACUGCCAAGAAUUGAUCCGAAGUUCAUUUCAAGUGUUGAACAACCCUCAGGCACAGCAAGGAUGUUCUUGUGGGACUUCAUUCUCUGUCAAACUAUAAUGUGUGAAAUGAUGAAUGAUCCAGAGACUGCCUUUUCCCUCCAACUUCAAUUCUUGAUUCCAUUUAAACCAUAGAAUUUUCCAGAGUUUUUUCCCUUACUAUUAUUUGCUCAAUUUCCUUUUCAUCAGCCUUGAAGUUCUAUAUCCUGUCAUUGUACAUCAAAAUAACUAGUUUUCUUUGUGAGUGUCAGUAUGCUUCCAAGAACAUCCCAUGCAACACUUGGCCUUGUGAUUAAGUAGAAAUUUUUUCAAGCUCCCCAAAUUAUUACUUCAGAACCAGUUGCCUGAAGGCUAAGACUUUAAGUCAGUAGACUUUAGCCCCAAAUUCCAAAAUGCUGAGAUAAUAGCCUUGGCCUUCAGAACUGCUUGUAUAUAUGUGUGUGUUAUUAGUGUAUAUAGUAUAUAAAGGAUCUAUUUUUAAAGAAAA